CCUCGGCUCUGUCCUGUAUGAGGAGCGGAGAAACAAGCGUCUCCAUGGAAACAAACACUGGCGAACAUUAAAUCCGGAAAUGGCGCCGUUUCACUGAUCUGUAGCACAUCUGGAUGUUUUCAGGGACCAGUCAGCGGUCUGACACGGCGAUGUACAUCAGUGCAUUUUGUGGCGCAGCACAGCACAUCCCACAGCCCUGCUAUGGUUCGCUAGUCGGUUUGCUAAAUGCUACCGACGGAGCAGCUUCGUGUUGAUUAUCUAUGCGACAAGAAGACCAUCGCACCCGGGACACGUUUCAACUACCAUGGCCGUUUCAGUAGAGGAGGUUUCUUCGUCCCUUGUGCGGGAAUAUUUGAGUCGAAAGGGACUGAAGAGGACGAUUGCCUGUAUGGAUGAGGAGCAUCCACGCACAGAGGCCAGUAUCAACAACAGAUCCCACCUGAGGCAGAUACUCAACAUGGAGGGUCUCUAUAGAAAGAAUAAGGUUCAGAACUCGCCCCUGAAAACAUUACUGGAGAUUAUUGUGAGGCAUCACAUCAAGGAUCUUAAGAAUGACAAGAUCACCAGUAGUGAAAGUGAUCCCCUGCUGUCUACGCCAAUGGUCAGCGCCAUAGCUAAAUCUCCUGCAGUAACACCAACAUCGAUGGAUGACACAAAGACAGAGGGUAGCACGCCAGCUAUCAAAUUAAGGUCUGAUAUAGAAGAAAUCUGCCUUUCUCAGCCUGUACCCACAUCAUUGCUGCCUGAAACAGACAGAAUGCUCAGUCAUAGUCAAACAGGUUUCUGGGCUUACGACUCAGAAUACCAGCAAGGCCAGCCGAUGGAUGUUCCCCUCCACAACAAUGACAGCUUCAUCAGGAAAGAACCAGAAAAAAAGAUUUCCAUCACUGAGAGCACCCAAAGGAGCCGAACUAAUCGAAUUAGACGUGGCAUGAUGGCUGGACCAAUUGCCUGCACACCUCAGGAAUCAAGCAAAAAAAGACAGAAUCGAAGGAUAGAAGUGGCCCAGCCGCUGCUCAGAAAAGAAGAAGAAAACAGGCAGUCUAAAGAUCAGCUUUUAGUGUCUGGCUUACAUCAGAAAAGCUUAGAUGGCUGCCUAACGGAAAUCAGCCCAGCCAACUCCAUAGGAGGUUUAUGGGAGUUGCGGAAUGCUCCACAGAGAAAGCAGAGGGAAAGCAGCUCAGAAAAAGUCCAACAAGACAUACCCACGACCCAAAAAGUUAAGUCUUUGACCAGGCCAAAUGUGGCUGAUUUGGAUGUGUCUGAGAUGGUUUUAGAUGAUGUUGAUGAUGACGAAGAUGACGAUCUGCAAGAAUUCACCAAAGUGUCCUUGCAGAGAAGCAUCAAAGAACACAGUUAUAGUGGCCGCCCAAUGGACCAACACACGGCCAUGGAAUUGAAAGCAGUUCUUCUUGGUUCUGGCCUAAAUUGUUUCAAUGUUGAGUGGAAGAAUCAGGGUUUCACGUUCUCCGAAAGCCAUGACCUGAGAUAUGGAAUUGUGCAGAAAAAGGGUGGUCCUUGUGGAGUUCUGGCAUCCAUCCAAGCUUUUACUCUAAAGAAGCUGCUGUUUGAACACAUCAGAAGCAGUGAUACAGGCCUUCAGAGGUUAAGACCUUCCAACACCACCCGAAGAAAGUGUCUUGUUUUAGCUGCAGCUGAAAUCCUGUGGAGAGCUGGUGAGGAAAAGCAAGCCACAAUCACCAUAAACUCAGGGAGAAAUAAUUUCACCCCAACGGGACACUUCAGAUCUGAAGGAGUGCUUGAAAAGCUUACAUGUUUCACUGUGGAUAGCAUCAAGGACCUGCAGCUGCUUCUGGAGCAGCAUAUUGAGCAGUUUGAAACUGGACCGUUAGGAUGCAUCCUCCUGACCAUAUCUGCUGUUCUCUCUCGAUCCAUUGAAAAAGUAAGAGAGGAUAUGGAUGUGGCCUCUUCCACGCUCAUUGGAGCCCAUGGCUACUGCACUCAGGAGCUGGUCAACCUGUUGGUCUGUGGAAGAGCAGUUUCUAAUGUAUUUGACAAUGACAUGGAGUUGGACUCAGGCAAUGGCAACAUGACUCUACUCAAGGGAAUCAAGGGCCACUGUGACGUUGGCUUUCUGUCUUUAUUUGAGCAUUAUAACAUCUGUAAGGUAGGAGCUUACCUGAAGACUCCCUGUUACCCCAUCUGGGUGGUGUGCAGUGAAAGCCACUUCAGUGUGCUGUUUGCCCUGCAGAGGGAGCUGUUGACCAAUCAGGACAAAGGUCUGGAGUUUGACCUCUACUACUAUGACGGCCUGGCCAAUCAGCAGGAGGAAAUCCGCCUCACUGUCUCUGUUGGCGGAUCGGCCCUGAGCUGUCAAGAUGAUGACACUGAUCUCAUUCCACCACUGGAGCACUGCAUCCGAACAAGGUGGAAGGAUGCGUUCGUUAAUUGGAACAACACAGAGCCUAUUCUCUGACGGAUCAUAUGGUACAUUGACAAACAUUUUGCAUAACCAAUAUAGAUAUUUGUUUUUCCCAAUAUUUUAUUAUGUCUCCAUCAUAUUCCCCUAUAGAUUAUAGCAUCACUAUUGUUUUUGUGAGAUGAUGGCCUUGAUGUUACAUAUCAUAAAAUACAAGUUCAGCUGGUAUGGCCUAUCAUAUCAGCCUUGAAUAAUGUUGCCUGCAAAAGAAGAGUGAGAAGAGUACAACUACUGUGUGUGUAUGUGUUUUUUAUUUUGUUUUUUUGUUUUUUUUAAUUCUAGCAAUAAGUAUAUUAAAAUGCACAGCAUUAAAGUUUGGAGGAAAAUGUA